AUAAAUAACGCGUAAUCCUUUGCACAUAGAAGGGGCAUCCAAACUAGCAACUUAAUUAGGCACCUAAUUAACUCCGACGAUCGAUCGAUAAUUAAGAAUAUGGAGGACAACAAGCUGAUACUGGCUCUAGGCCUAUCAGUGCUGUUCGUCCUCCUCUCCAAGCUGGUAUCAUCUGCCAUGAAACCAAGGCUCAACCUUCCCCCGGGGCCAUGGACGCUGCCGCUGAUCGGCAGCCUCCACCACCUCGUGAUGAAGAGCCCCCAGAUCCACCGCUCGCUGCGCGCGCUGUCGGAGAAGCACGGCCCCAUCAUGCAGCUGUGGAUGGGCGAGGUCCCCGCGGUGAUCGUGUCGUCGCCGGCGGUGGCGGAGGAGGUCCUGAAGCACCAGGACCUCAGGUUCGCCGACCGCCACCUCACCGCCACCAUCGAGGAGGUCUCCUUCGGCGGCCGCGACGUCACCUUCGCGCCCUACAGCGAGCGGUGGCGCCACCUCCGCAAGAUCUGCAUGCAGGAGCUGCUCACCGCCGCCCGGGUGAGGUCGUUCCAGGGCGUCCGAGAGCGCGAGGUGGCGCGGCUCGUGCGUGAGCUGGCCGCCGACGCGGGCGCGGGCGGCGACGCUGGCGUGAACCUCAACGAGAGGAUCAGCAAGCUCGCCAACGACAUCGUGAUGGUGAGCUCCGUCGGCGGCCGGUGCAGCCACCGCGACGAGUUCCUGGACGCGCUCGAGGUCGCCAAGAAGCAGAUCACGUGGCUCAGCGUCGCCGACCUGUUCCCGUCGUCCAAGCUCGCGCGGAUGGUGGCGGUGGCGCCACGCAAGGGCCUCGCCAGCCGCAAGAGGAUGGAGCUCGUCAUAAGACGGAUCAUCCAAGAACGGAAGGACCAGCUGAUGGACGACAGCGCCGCCGGCGCCGGCGAGGCUGCGGCGGGGAAAGACUGCUUCCUCGACGUCCUGCUUCGGCUGCAGAAGGAAGGUGGCACGCCGGUCCCAGUUACCGACGAAAUCAUAGUCGUGCUUCUGUUUGACAUGUUUACAGGGGCUAGCGAGACAUCCCCAACAGUAUUGAUUUGGAUCUUGGCUGAACUCAUGCGGUGUCCAAGAGUAAUGGCGAAGGCACAAGCUGAGGUACGACAAGCUGCUGUUGGGAAGACUAGGAUCACAGAGAAUGAUAUUGUUGGGCUGAGCUACCUCAAGAUGGUGAUCAAGGAGGCCUUGCGACUCCAUUCCCCGGCUCCCUUGCUGAACCCUCGUAAAUGUCGUGAGACAACCCAAGUCAUGGGCUAUGAUAUACCAAAAGGCACAUCUGUGUUUGUGAAUAUGUGGGCGAUAUGUAGGGACCCUAAUUACUGGGAGGAUCCCGAAGAGUUUAAGCCAGAGAGGUUUGAAAAUAAUUGUGUAGAUUUUAAGGGUAAUAACUUUGAAUUCCUUCCAUUUGGCUCCGGACGUAGAAUUUGUCCGGGUAUAAACCUUGGGCUAGCCAACUUGGAGCUAGCAUUAGCUAGUCUUCUCUACCAUUUUGACUGGAAGCUACCCAAUGGAAUGUUGCCCAAGGACCUUGAUAUGCAGGAGACCCCCGGAAUAGUUGCAGCUAAACUAACUACUCUAAAUAUGUGCCCUGUUACUCAGAUUGCUCCAAGCAGCGCAGAAGAUGCAUCAUAAGAGAUAAUACGUCCUCCAAGACAGCACAUAUAGUAGUUUAACUACAUAGAAAAUAAGGUGUUGUGAAAAAAAAGGGUUUAUAUAUAUGUACCCUAUGUAUUCUCAAGUUGCUUUGCCAGGCAGACUGGCCUAUUUGUGUAGCUAUUCUCGUUACAUGGUAUAUGUGAUGUCAUUUGAAAAGUGUAAUGCUAUUGUUACCACUUCCAUAAAAACAAUUUUCUGCAGACAUCCCCGGUUUAAUCUCUUCAUGGGGUUAUAAAA